GUCACUAUAAGUUGAGAGCUGCAUCACCUUGGGACGCUCGCAGAUCCCAGCCUGCCCGUCCCCUCCGACAGGAGCUUGGUGCUUCUCUCCACUCCUCCCAGAAACUAAUUGCCAACAUGUCUGACACCGAGGAAGUGGAACAAGGAGAGGAGGAGUACGAAGAAGAAGCUCAGGAAGAAGAAGAGGCCCAGGAAGAAGAAGUCCAUGAACCAGCCCCCCCUCCAGCAGAGGAAGCUCAUGAGGAAGAGGAGAAGCCCAGAAUAAAACUAACUGCUCCUAAAAUACCAGAGGGUGAGAAAGUAGAUUUUGAUGACAUCCAAAAGAAAAGGCAGAACAAAGACCUGAUUGAACUGCAAGCCUUGAUUGACAGCCACUUUGAAGCCAGAAGAAAGGAAGAGGAAGAGCUGGUUGCCCUCAAGGAGAGAAUUGAGAAGCGCAGAGCUGAGAGAGCAGAGCAGCAGAGAAUCCGGGCUGAGAAGGAGAAGGAGCGUCAGGCAAGGCUUGCGGAGGAAAAGGCACGCAGAGAGGAGGAAGAUGCCAAGAGAAAAGCUGAGGAUGACCUGAAGAAGAAGAAGGCUCUGUCCUCCAUGGGUGCAACAUACAGCAGCUAUCUGGCUAAGGCUGACCAGAAGAGAGGGAAGAAGCAAACAGCUAGAGAGACGAAGAAGAAAGUCCUGGCUGAGAGGCGCAAGCCCCUGAACAUUGACCACCUUAAUGAAGACAAGCUGAGGGACAAAGCUAAGGAGCUGUGGGACUGGCUAUAUCAGCUGGAGACUGAAAAGUAUGACUUUACAGAGCAGAUCAAGAGGAAAAAAUAUGAGAUUGUCACCCUCAGAAACCGGAUCGAUCAGGCCCAGAAGCACAGCAAGAAGGCAGGAGCCAAGGGCAAGGUUGGUGGGCGCUGGAAGUAAAGAACCAGGCAGGAUGGCCUUUAAUGGUGUGCUGAACCCCUGCUGGUCUCCUCUUUCCUCCUUCACUGAAUACUUGUGUUCUCAUGCCUUAAUGAUAAUAACAAAAAUCACAUCAGCCUGGAUUGGUUAUUGCUGCUGCUUUUCUUCCUGGAGGGGUCUGGUGGCUUCCUCAGGCAAGGGGGAAGCAGGUUCCCUGUGGAACUGGGAUGACUCCUUGCUGGCAUCUUCAAUUCCUGCUGAGCAUGUCCCUUAUCCUCCUGAUACCAGCCCUAUGCUGUCCUGUAGAUUGCUAUGUACAAAUCUCUGGAUUUUGUAAAUAAAGCACAACCAGUACCUACUCCAAUAACA